UUUUGUCACAGAAACAGGAGAAAUGUAGCCAACAAAAUGGCCAUCAGUCCCCCGCUGUUGUGAAGAUAUAGUUCACUCAUGUAGCUCAUGUUUAUGAACACCCUCAGAAUCUCAACUAAGGGUAAGAGCUUAAGUUCUAGGAACUGUCCUUGGGCAGAAACCCAUCCAAAAGUGAUCUUCAUGGCUUCAGUAAAUGGAGCUCAGACCACAGCACUUAAAGACACCAGAAGAAAGAAACGAGCCAAAUGAGAGCAGGCACCUGCAGGGCCAGCUCCAUACCUCCCUCCCCAUGGAUGCUACGGAAAAUCCUGAGGGGCAGGAGCUGCAGAAACUGGAAAAGGGAGCCUGGGACAACCCUUCCUACAGUGGACCCCCUUCCCCACAAGACACACUGAAGAUCUGCACAAUCUCUAGUGCAGCACCCCUCCAGCCACAGCCCAGGAUGACUGACGAUGGACCCCAGAAGAAGACACACCAGACCUUGGUAUCCAGCUGCUGCCUCCAUUUUUGUCACAGUAUCAGAGGACUUUGGGGAACAACCUUGACUGAGAACAUAGCUGAGAACAGAGAACUUUAUGUCAAGACUACCCUCCGAGAGCUUCUGGUGUACAUUGUGUUUCUCGUGGACAUCUGUCUAUUAACCUAUGGAAUGACAAGCUCCAGCGCCUACUACUACACCAAAGUGAUGUCUGAGCUCUUCUUACAUACCCCAUCAGUCUCUGGAGUCUCCUUUCAGACCAUCGGCAGCAUGACAGACUUCUGGGACUUUGCCCAGGGCCCACUUCUGAACAGUUUGUACUGGACCAAGUUUUACAACAACCAGAGCCUGGGCCAUGGCUCCCACUCCUUCAUCUACUAUGAGAAUCUGCUGCUGGGUGUCCCAAGACUGCGGCAGUUGCGGGUCCGCAAUGACUCCUGUGUGGUCCACGAGGACUUCCGUGAAGAAAUUUUGAGUUGCUACAAUGUCUACUCUCCAGACAUAGAAGAACAACUCCCCUUUGGGCCCCUCAAUGGCACAGCGUGGACAUACCACUCACAGGAUGAACUGGGGGGAUCCUCCCACUGGGGCAGGCUCACAAGCUACAGUGGAGGCGGCUACUACCUGGACUUGCCAGGAUCCCAACAGGCCAGUGUAGAGGCACUCAGAGACCUUCAGAAGGGGAUUUGGCUAGACAGAGGCACUCGUGUGGUCUUCAUUGACUUCUCAGUCUACAAUGCCAACAUUAAUCUUUUCUGUGUCCUGAGACUAGUGGUGGAGUUCCCAGCUACAGGAGGUGCCAUCCCAUCCUGGCAAAUCCGAACAGUGAAUCUUAUCCGCUAUGUCAGCAACUGGGACUUCUUCAUCAUUGGCUGUGAGGUUGUUUUCUGCAUCUUCAUCUUCUACUAUGGGGUGGAGGAGAUCCUGGAGCUCCACCUGCACCAGCUUUACUACCUCACUAGUAUCUGGAACAUACUGGAUCUGCUGGUCAUCUUGCUCUCCAUUGUGGCGGUGGGCUUCCACAUAUUCCGAACCCUGGAGGUAAAUCAGCUAAUGGGUAAGCUCUUGGAGAAGCCAAACACAUAUGCUGACUUUGAGUUCCUAGCCUUUUGGCAGACUCAGUACAACAACAUGAAUGCUGUCAACCUCUUCUUUGCCUGGAUCAAGAUAUUCAAAUACAUCAGCUUCAACAAAACCAUGACCCAGCUCUCCUCCACACUGGCCCGCUGUGCCAAGGAUAUACUGGGCUUUGCCAUCAUGUUCUUCAUUGUUUUCUUUGCUUACGCCCAGCUUGGCUAUCUGCUUUUCGGGACGCAAGUGGAAAACUUUAGCACAUUUAUCAAGUGCAUUUUUACUCAGUUCCGGAUAAUCCUUGGGGACUUUGACUACAAUGCUAUCAACAAUGCCAACCGCAUCCUGGGUCCAGUCUACUUUGUGACCUAUGUCUUCUUUGUCUUCUUCAUACUCCUGAACAUGUUCCUGGCCAUUAUCAAUGACACAUAUUCAGAGGUCAAGGAGGAGUUGGCUGGACAGAAGGAUGAACUGCAGCUGUCUGACCUGCUGAAACAGGGCUACAACAAGACCCUAUUAAAACUGCAUCUAAGGAAGGAGCAGGUUUCAGAUGUGCAGAAGGUCUUGCAGGGUGGGAAGCAAGAGAUCCAAUUUGAGGAUUUCACCAACACAUUAAAAGAACUGGGGCACACAGAGCAUGAGAUCACUGAGCUCACGGCUGCCUUCACUAGGUUUGACCAGGAUGAGAAUUGCAUUCUGGAUGAGAAAGAGCAAGAACAAAUGCGACAGGACCUGGAGAAAGAGAAGGUGGCCCUCAAUGCUGAGAUUGAGAACCUGAGCCAGCCUAUUGUGUGCGGCAAGUGGGCUUCAGAGGCUGCCAGAGCAGAAGGCUGGGUUUCUGGAGAAGAUUUCUACACGCUUACAAAGAGAGUUCUACAGUUGGAGACUGUUCUAGGAGAAGUCAUGGCCCAGAUUGAUGCUUUGGGUGCAAAGCUGAAGAUGUCAGAGAGGAAGGGGCAGCUGACUGCCUCCCUGGAAGUGGAGGAACAAGCCAUUUGGGAACACCUGCAGCCAGCCCCAGCUGUGGCUUCAUUCCUUUAGAGAAUCCAGGGUAGGCAGAAGAGUGGCAGAAAAGGAGUCUUAAAAUUCAAAAUUAGGCUCUUGUCUUUCUUCUUGUCUCACAACCCCUUCUACUUCAACUACCAUCUGAUGCGGGGUCCAUCAUGGUUACUGCUGUGUCCCAUUGUGUGUCUGGCCCUUUGAGCAAAUGACUCUGUAUGUCCGUCUCUGUAUCAUGCUUAAGUUUGUAUUCCUUAUAUAACCCCACAGUUCUGUACAGUAAUACUUCACACUGGACUUAUUUUCUGUGAAUUUAGUGAAAAAAUGCUAUGGUGUUAAAAAUGUCAGUAACAAACAAAAUACAGGACAAAUAAUGACUCCCACUAAGAUCCUGACAGCUAUGACUUAUAAAGAAGGUAGAAAGGUAGAAAGCAAGAGCUGGUAGAUAGUAUCUAGAUGUCUUCCUAUUUACCAGUAAAUCUUACUCUUAUUCUUUGUAUCUGGAGAUCUACUGUUAUAAUCCAUAGGUUUCUCGUCUUCCCUCAUUGACUUUCUCCAUAAAGGGGAAAGGGAAUCCUGAGAGUCAGAUUCCAACACUACAGUGGAGUGAAAGCGAGGCCUCCCUCUCCAGAAAAGUCUACAAAGGUUCUUGUGGUGGAGGCUGCUCUUGGCAUUCCACUAUGUGCUAAGAACUGAGAUGGCCAUAAAUCAGGAGACAAAAUGGAGCCUGAAAGGAAUCAUGCAAGGAAAUGACCUCAGGAUUCAGAAAUCUUUGGACUAAUAUGUGUAGGUUUUGGCUUUAGUUUUUCAUAGGACAAUGCAGU